CCACGGAAAGGCGCGCGUGGCCAAUCAGCUGCGAGGAGCUUACCUGUGUGGAGAGUGAGGAAAGCCGUAAGAGUAACGAUGAAUUUCCUCGUCGAUUGGAUGCCUUUGGCCCCACUCACGGACGAGGAACUCUGUAGCAGAGGAGUCGGUAUCAAGGAGGAGCUCAACGAUGGGAUCACCGAAGAGACAUGUCUGGAUAUUAAGGACGAACCACUGGAUUACGGAGAAGAAUUGGGGGAGGAAGUGAGCGACCGGAAAGUGAAAUACGAAGGAUUUUUCUUUCAAAAUCUGCAUGAACUGAGACAUGAAGCAAAUGAAACGGACUCGCAUGACCUGGUUCAGGAUGGUAAUGGCAUCUUAGGAACGCCAUUUCUGGCUGAGGACAGUGGGAGCAAGUGUUCAUCAGAUGGGAAUCAGGCGAUGCACAAGGAAAAUCCUGAGGGGGAUAUACUAACACAAGGGGAAGCCACAUUGAAAUGUCAUGUAUGUGACGUGUGUGGCAAGAAAUUCUCUUCUCGGAGAGGGGUCGAAGUUCAUAUGAGAGGCCACACAAAGGAGAAGCCAUACAUGUGUGAUAUUUGCAAUAAGACAUUUUUUGUAAAAGGGAGACUAGUAAGGCACAUGAUAGUGCAUUCAAAUGAGAAGCCCUUCAGAUGUGAUACUUGCAAGAAGUCUUUCGCAUACAAGACCUCUCUUGUAAAACAUGUCAAAAUACAUACGAAGGAGAUUUGCUGUGAGAUUUGCAGCAAGGCUUUCGGACAAAAAACUAAUUUAGUGAAACAUAUGAGGGUACAUACAAAAGAAAAGCCAUACUGCUGUGAAAUUUGCAACAAGGCUUUCUCAGAAAAGAGUGGUCUAGUGAUGCAUAUAAGAAUACAUACAAAAGAGAAGCUAUAUAGCUGUGAGAUUUGCAAAAAGGCUUUCACAGUAAAGUCUCAUCUAGUGAGUCAUAUGAAAGUACAUACAAACGAAAGGCCAUAUAGCUGUGAGAAUUGCAACAAGGCUUUCAAACAGAAAAUGACUCUAGUGAGACAUACAAAAAGACAUACAAAAGCGAAGCCAUACAGCUGUGAGACUUGCAACAAGGCUUUCACAGAAAAGCAUGAUCUAGUGAGACAUAUGAGAGUUCAUACAAAAGAAAGGCCAUAUAGCUGUGAGAUUUGCAACAAGGCUUUCAAACAGAAAAUGGCUCUAGUGAGACAUAUGAGAGUACAUACAAAAGAGAAUCCAUAUAGCUGUUAUUUACAACAAGGCUUACAAACAGAAAAUGACUCUAGUGAGACAUACAAAAAUACAUACAAAAGAGAAGCCAUACAGCUGUGAGAUUUGCAACAAGGCUUUCACAGACAAAAGGAAUCUAGUGAGACAUGUGAAAGUACAUACAAAUAGAGCUGUUUUACAAAAUGGCAUUUUCACAGAAA